AUGAUCGAGAUACAGGAUGGUAUCCUUGACAAAGGUACCAAAAAUAAUUUGCCGAGGGAAAAUGAGGACCGAAUGAAACAUUUACUCGAAAAAUUACAACUAACUCAAACGAAACUAUAUGAAUCUAAAAAUAACUGCAUCAGUCUUAAACAAGAGAUUAAUAAAUUGAAUAAGUUAUUAUAUAGCGAAAUUGGUGAAAAUGUGAAUUUGAAUAAUUUAUCGAAUCAAUCCGGAUGGCGUGGAAGAGCUGAACAGAUUCAUCUAUUACAUCAAAAAAUAACUGAAUUGCAAUCAAAAUUAUCGGAAUAUGAAGGAACGCAAAAAACAUCUAUUGUAUCCGUAGAACGAAAAAAUUUUGAGAAUCUUCGAAAUGUUGAAAAAGAAAGACGGCGUCAAAUUGAAGAUUCAGUAAAGCAACUUCGACAAACAGAAGUCAUUGUUGAAGAAUAUAAAAGAAAAUUAGAAGCUUCAAAAGCAAGAAUAAAAGUAUUAGAGCAUGAAUUAAAUAUUACAAAAGGAAACAUUGCUAUAUUAAAUGAAAAAAGAUCUCACGAUAUUCAUUUAAUUGAGACACUCAACAAUCGGCUUAAAACUACCGAAAUAAAACAUGAAGAACGCGAGACAGAUACAAGAAACAGAUCAGAGAAGAUUGAACGUGAGUACACGAAUUUGAAAAAUGAUUUACAGUCAGCACAACUUCAAAUUGAUCGGUUGCGUAAAAAAUUAGAAGAACGAGAAAUCGAAAUAGAUAAAUUGAGGAAUGGAACGAUCCCCAAUAUAUGGGAGAUUAAAUCUCAAAAAAUUACGCAACCGGAAAUAUUUUUAAAUAAUUUUAACAAUAAUACCUCUCCUCAUACCGUUCGAAGUACAUGCGAACCUAACGAGUAUGUAACUUUAGCUCUUGCCGCUGAGGCUGAAAGAGAGAGAUUGCUGGAAUUAAUAACAAUACUUAAUAGACGACUAGAUAAAGAAAGAAAUGAUGCUGAUAUUCUUUCUAAUAUCUUACGUAAUGAAAAAUACAAAUCGGCAAAAUUAGAGUUAAAAAUUCGAAAAUUAGAGACAGAAAAAAUAGGAAUUGUUAAGAUUGAUACUGGAUAUAGGACAAAAUUACCAAAAUUAUCAAAAACUAAUGAUAAAUUAAUGGAUAUAGAGCAAAUGCGGCUUAAAAUGGAAUUAUUGCAAGAAGAAUGUCUCGCGUUGAAAGCUAGAUUAGAUGCUGUGCAAAAAGACAAAGUUGCCGAUCUUGCAACUUAUAAACAAAUGUUUGAGGAAGUCAGAAAAAUUUUUUAUGAAGCCUACAGGAACAAAUCAUCAGUUCCCAUUGGCAGUCGUUCAACCAUUACAGUUUAAUUAAAAUCAAAAACUUUUUUGAACGAUGCGUUUAUUCUAAAAUAAAAUACAUUCUAUACUUUAAUUAAACGAUGAAAAAUUUAUCAUGGUGAAAUAAAACAUGAUAUUAUUAGUAAAUCAUGAAUUGAUCAGCGAUGGCUAUUGUUAGUUCCUUCCGAUCGGAAUUGUGUAAGAACUACAAAAUCGUGUACGAUGAUGUAACUAGGACACGAGAUAAGGUGCAACGCACCACGUAAACGCGCGUGACAUCGUCAAAGCAACGGUUCCGUUUCUGUCUUUUAUUAUUUUUUUCUUUUCCUUUUUAUAGAACCUGUGUUUACUCUGAACUAUAGCAUUAACUAUUGCUAUUGAUAUCGUUCGUCAGUUUUACAUCCAUGGAUUUAUAAUUAUUUUUUUUCAAAAAUUUUAAAAAAUGAAUUGAUGAUCAAGUAUAGCUUUUUUUAUUUUUUUUAUUUUUUAUCUUCUUUCUUUUCUAUAAAAAAGAGAACUUUAGAAUUGAAUACUAUUUCAUCAAUUAUAUUUCAUACGAAACUUAUAUUCUUAAAUACAACUUAAAACUAGAGCUUUAAAACCUUGAUGAAUUAGAUUUUCUGAUGAAAUUCGUACUAUUUUAUAUUAUUCUUUAAGUAAUUGCUUAAGUAAAUGUGUUAAUUGUAUUGUCUUGAGUAUAGAAAUAUCUUUCAUAAGAAAAUUCAGCUCAGAGCGUUCCAAUCGGUGGUAAGCUCAAGCAUACAGGUGCGAGCUUACAGGUGUUGGCGCUUCUACCUGAUAAGAAGCAUAUCCGUGACGUCAGAUCAGCACAGGUAGAGUAUAUGAGUCGAACCGGAGAGACAUCCACGUCACUCGUUCUUGAACCUCUUCGUUCGUUUGUUCUGCAAAGAGUUGUUCGUCAGUUAUUAACUUUCUCGUUAGUUCGUUGCGCGCCCCUUUCACUGUCUCUGACUUCACUAUCCCUGAUUAUUUUUUUCAUACAAUAACGUGAAUCGAGAAGAAGCUUUAAGCGGAAUGUAUGUUCAUCCGGAAGUCUAGCGUGAUCAGUUAUGAUUUUGGAACCAGAGGUACCUAUUAGGCGUUCAUAUCCAUUGCCGCUGAAGUUCCUGCGACCUCAAGUAUUUACAGCUGGAAUUCUUCGUGCCGAGGUCUUUUCAUGUGUAAAUUCCAGAGAUAUUGCUAGUAGAGAAUACACGACGUUGGUUUCACGCUUGAAAUAAUGAUUAUGUAACAUAUGGGCAUUGGUAAUGAAACAUUUUACAACGACCCCGAUAACGUUGUUGAAUUUUUCAGGUAUUUAAGAUAUUCGUUCCGUGACAUUGUCUUUAGAACAAAUUUUUGAUAAACAAAAACAUCGCAUAUUAGGAAAUCUCAAUUAUUGUUUAUAAAUUUAUCUUAUUUUUAUCUUAAUGGUACUAUUUUCAUAAAAUAUUAUAUAUAAUAUAAAAAAUAUAUAGAAUUAAAUGAAUUAAAUGGAUUUAUCCAAUUAAUUAUGGAAUAAUAUUAAUUGAUGAUUAUGUCAGAACAUUAAUAUUGGUAAUAUUGGUAAUAUUAUUACAAUUAUAAUAAUGAUAACGAAAUUAAAUGUAUAUUACAUUUAUUUGGAAGAUUACAAUAUUAGGAAGAAAAAUUUCGGAAUCAUAUAUUUUUUAAAUAUUCAAUUUUUAUAAAUAAAAUAAUAAUAAAUAAAAUAUUUUA